CAGAUCAGUUUCAGUCUGUAUUUCACAGGUUCAUCACAAGGCUACAAGUCUAAAACUUCCAAUUUAUCUUUCAAAAUGAAACUAACAUGUUUUGUUAUUCUUCUAGGCAUGUUUGACAGUUCCUUUGCUGUUACUCCCAAGGAAUGCAGCCAACCCAAACGAAUUGAAAAUGCAGCACCUAGAUUAAGCGCCAGUAAUAAUCGUUAUCCUCAUAAUUCUUUCGUGCCUUAUCACUGUGAUUCAGGAUAUGUGGGUAUUUUACGAUACAUGUGUGUGAAUGGAGAAUGGAUCAAGAGCAAUCCAGAGCAUACUUGCAGUUUAAAGCGUUGUGGAACUCCAAAAGAUAUUUUACAUGGAACAUUUAAGCUGACUCAAGGUGAAGACUUGGUGUUUGGUGCUCGCAUUGAAUACAAGUGCGAUGAAGGAUAUCGGCUGGUGGGUACAAGAAAUUACAUGAAUUGUGAACUAUCUGGCUGGACUGGUCUUGUCCCAUAUUGUGAAGUAAGGACCUGUCCGCCUGUGAAUAACCCUGAAAAUGGAAGGAUUGCAGAGCCUAGCUUUUUGGACAAUGCUCAUGAUUAUCCUUUUGGCUCCUUCCUGAGAUUUGAGUGCAAUUCUCCUAAUAUGGAAAUUCAUGGGGCUAGGCAAAUUUAUUGUUUAGAAAAUGGAACAUGGAGUAAUCCAGUACCCAAAUGCAAAGAAUUAAAAUGUAAGAGACCAGAUAUACCCAAUGCAAAUGUGAAGACUGAGAAUGAGGAAUUUAGAUAUCUCGAAAACUUAUCGUACACCUGCAAUCGUAAUUUUAAGCCUUCUGGUCUUCGAUCAACCACAUGUACCGAGUCCGGAUGGAGUCCACCACCGUUAUGUACACCAAUAAUAUGUUCAAGACCACCAAUAGAAAAUGGUUAUUUUGAAACCACCAAGUGGAUAUUUUCCCAUAAAGAAACGGUGGAAUUUGUUUGUAACAGAAAUUAUAAACCUCUAGUAUCAAAUGAAGUUCGGUGUGAAGAGCAAGGGUUGACACCAAGUCCAAGCUGUGUAGAAAUCAGAUGCUACAUAGAAAUAGAUGCAGCUAUUUACCCGAAUUCAUGGGCAAAACGAGUUGGAGACUGGAUACGAUAUAGCUGCCGUGUUGAUAGAUCGUCACACAAUUCUAGAUGCACAGAACAUGGAUGGGAACCCCCUCUUAAAUGCACUGGUCCAUGUUCAAGACCAGAUAUUCCCAACAUGAUACCACCCAGAAGUUAUUCAUACAGAGAUGGAGAAACACUGAGUAUUGAAUGUGCUUAUGGGUACAGAUUGCAAGGAGUUAAAGUAAUCACAUGCAGGGAUGGACAAUGGUUUAUCGGCCGAUCUUAUCCAACUUGUAUUGAACAGGGAUGUGCGACACCACCAAACAUAGAAAAUGGAGAAUUUACUCCUCAUCGACGUAAUUAUGCUGAACGUGAAUCUGUGACUUACUCUUGUAAGAAAGGCUUUGAACUUUUUGGAAAAAGUCACUUGCAAUGUAUUUCCAAUAGAUGGCCACAGGAACCUACUUGUGUUGAUGUGGAAAAUGUCUGUCCAGAUUCAUAUCCAUUAAUAGAACACGGAGACAUCGGUUUUGUAGAACAAUACAAAAUAAUUUAUACAUGUCGUGCUGGAUAUAUUAUGGACGGCUCAGAUGUGGUAAUGUGUCUUAAUGGAAAUUGGUCAGACCCUCCAACGUGCAAUGCUCCUCCAGAUCCUGAUCAAGACUGUGAUCUUCCACCUCAAGUAGAAAAUGGAGACACAAUAGAAAUCACUUCACCACCAUAUCGUCAUGGUAGGAAAGUAACGUAUCAGUGUCAGAAUUUCUAUGUCUUGGAAGGGAAAAGAGAAGUUACCUGUUCUGGUGGAAAAUGGACAAAACCUCCACACUGCCUUGCACCAUGUAUUUUGACAAAAGAAGAUUUUACAAAUAAAGGUGUAGCAUUGAAGUGGAAAUUCGAAACAAGAAUAGAUGUGAAAGAUGGGGAUGUUUUAGAAUUCAGCUGCCGUGAAGGAUAUGAAAUUGAACCUCCAGCACGGAGAUACUGCCGUAAUGGACAUUUGGAAAUUCCCAGGUGCAUUAGUGAUGUUAGGAAUGAAUGCAGUCAUUUAGAAUAUUUUGCUUGCCAAUCAUGUAGAAAUGAUGAAAUCUGUACUGAAUAUAAUUCAAAAAGGGUAUCAAUAACAAGACCAGAUCUGAGCACAGUUUUAUUAGAUGGUCACGGAAAAAAGAGCAAUGCUUUGUUCUCAGUGAAGACUACCAGAGCAACGAGAAAAACCACUUUAAAGUUUUUUAUAAAAGAAUCCAAAAAUGCAAAAAUGGAAGUAAUAUUUGGCACAGAGCCUCAAAGCAUACUGUAUGAACAACCUGCAGUAGGAGAAUAUUGCUUUCCAUUUACCAGAACUAAUACAAUCACUUUCAAUGUUACAUUCUCCGGAAAUUUCAGGAUUAGAUUUGAUAAAAAAAAGUCAAUAUGAGAGCUAAAAGUUUGAAAGUUGAAAUGAUGCAAGAUGGGUUGUUACAAACUUCAAGAAAUGACGACUGACUUCUCCCAAGUUAUAAGGAUUUGAUUUCUGAAUGAGGGUUAUUAAUAGGAUAGAUCCUUACACAUCUAUUAAUUGUGAAGCAAAGUAUGAAUUAUGCUGGAACAUCUGGAGAAUGUUUCUUGAAGAUUCAUCUGAUUUUAGGAAAUAUUAGAAUUUUCAAACUUUACUUUCCUUUUAUGGAUUGCCUUAAUUAUUAUUAAUGGAAACAAUCUUUUAAAAGAUGAGAAAAGCUUAAAUUAAUCAAGUUACUUUUCAGACUUCCUUUCUCUAUUGUCAGCUAUAUUGUGUAACAAUAGAAAAGCAUAUUGUGUAUUCAUUUCUUUGUAUCAGGAAUGGAUAAACAGGCUCAUUUAAUAUAUGAUGAAAUUUUAAUUAUAAUGCAUGAAAAUAUUGUUGGCCAUACCAUUUAUUGCAAUACAAUUAGUUCCCAAUUUUAUUAAUAUUUAAUUAAAUGUUUUAUGCUGCUUCUGUUUUUCUGCAAUUUGUUUUACUGUAAUUUAAUUUCUGUAUGCCCUGGUUUUAGUGUAACUACAAAUUAAGUGCAUCUUAAAAUUUAGCAAUACUAUAUAUGUCUGUUUUAAUGAGAACUGUAAUCACUCCAAGAUUAGAGCCUUAUAUUUGGUAAUCUUUAUCUUGUGGGUUGAAACUUUGAAAAAAAAAAUCAUUGUCCUUGUUUCAGCAUGUUCUGAUCAUAAACAUUAUUAAAAUUC